CUCUCUCUCUCUAUCUCUCUCUCUCUCGCUCUCGCUCUCCUUCUCUUUCUUUUUCUCUCCGUUUCUCUCCUUCUCGCGUUCAGUGAGCAGCUACGUCGCUACGUGAACGCGCACCGUGUAUACCGUACUGCCGCUGCCGCUGCUGCUGCUCUACCACCGCCGCAGCCGUAGCCGCAGCCGCAGCAGCCGCGCGCGCGAGACACACGGAACAGCCGGAGAGGCGAGUUACACGCUCUCUCUCUUUCUUUCGUUUGUGUGUGCGAGUCGCGAGGGUGACAUUUGGGAUAUUUUUCCACGGUGCGGCCGUGAGAGCGACGUCGUGCUACCGUGUUGUGACCGCCGGCUUGUUCGCGCUCGAUCGUAUCGGGUCGCCCACCGUCGGGCAGCAGUAGCAACAGCAGCACGACCGAGGCACCCCAGGUGGAGCUUCGGCAUCCCUACGGCCACGGUGAAGAUAAAUGCGCGAGACAGACUGCUGGUACUCGUGCGUCUGUAGCGACUCGCCGUGCUAUCCAGGAAGUGGGCGCACCGCCAUGCCCUCCGCGAGAAUGCUCGCGGCGGCCGUCUGGUGAACGCGCGUGACUCUCAGACGACCGGUCGACGUGCACCUGGUCGUUAACCUCUUUCUCUCUGUCUUUCUCUCUCAACGUCUCUUUAUCUGGCUGUCGCACGCAGCCAACGCAUCGUGGACACGGUGUGCUAGUGGCCAUGUCUCUGGUUUUCUCGCCGUCCAGCACCAGUGAGGUCUGAUAUUGUUGUUUGCCCUGACGUCGACACCAGCCAGCCAUGAAAACCGAGAAGAAACCCAACGAGCCCAGCUGUGUGCCCACUACGGUUGUCAAAGAUGAGCCUGACACCGAUCCGGUUAAGAUCAAGGAGGAAGGUCCAGGUGGUAACAACGACGACACGACUGGAGAAGACACCGCUGAGUGUCCCAGGGACCCUUGCUUGGAUCUGCCCAAUGGCGAAGGUACGAUGCCUGGGGAGAAUCAAAAUACCAAUGGGAAUCAGCCGAUCUUGAAUUCGGUCAAGCAAGAGGGAGAUCCUAAUAAUCCUACCGACGAUCUACCUGAUUGUAGUGGAAAUGUUAUUACAGCGGACGGCAUUCAACCACUUGUUAGUAAUGUACUGGGAAAGCAGAUGGGAACUAAUGCAGGCAGUGGGGAGGCUCAAUAUAUGCAGCAGCAGAGCCAAAUUUAUGUAUUUUCUACAAUACUAGCAAAUAAAGGCGCAGAUGCUGUGAUGAGAGGCGAUUAUCCAUCUAUCAUCGACUUUCAUCGUGCUCAACCAAACACUAAGAAAUAUUUGGAGAAACAUCCAAAUAAAGUAAAUCAAUUUCGCCAAAAUCCUGCUCAAUGGUUAAAUAAUCUUGCUAUGAUGAAACAGAAAGGCCAUCAGGGAAAUACGAAUAAUACUUUCCCAACUGAACAACCCCCGGAUUUACCAGCACUAGACCCAAAUCCUACACAAUAUUGGAACGAGCAACCUAACUUGCGAAACAUAAACGGUGGAAACUCUCUUGGUAAUUCUGAACCAUCAUUGGAUGAUGGUAACAUAGACGUGCCUUGCCUUGUGCCGAAUUCACCUGGUAAUUCGGCCAAUCCUCAACCCACUAAUAACGCUAUCAUGGGCCAUAGUCCUAACAUAACAAGCCCAGGUCCAGGAGGUCUGCAGCCAUCGCUUCAAGGUGUUAAAGUUCCGGACGAAAAUCUAACACCGAAACAAAGACAGCACAGAGAAGUUCAGCUGGCGACUCUGCGGAAAAUGCAGAUGAUGCUGUUUCCUGGGCACAAAGAGGAGCCUGGCACUCUGGACGCAACGCAAGGAACUACCGUGUCAUGUCCUCCCUCGAAUGUUCCUCCCGUCAGUGUACCAAAUCAAUGUCCUCCGUCUAUGGAUUGGCACAAAUUGCAACAUCAAUUUCUUGAUGGCAAAAAUAAGCCAAACGUAGGUAAUCCAGGUGCGGUGCCGCUGCGCGGCACCAAUAUGGUCGGAGUACCUCGAAGUCAAGGUCCCCCGCCUCCGUAUCAUCAAACGACUCGAUCCGCGAGCGUACCGAUUGCAAUCCAGAGUCCAAAUCCAUCCUCGCCCAACAAUCCGACGAGCAAUCUGUCGCUACCGUCACCGCGCGCGAGUUCGGCUUUGAAUUCACCGGCUGACUGCAACAGACAGUUUCAGCUUGGUAAUCAAAGAAGCAGCCAUUUGCCGGGACAGAGUCCAACAGGUCAAGAUUCGCCAAAUCCAACGGUCGGUACGGCCGCCAGCGCGGUGUCGACGGCUCGACUGAAUCACAGCAAUCCAGGAACGCCGGUCUCUCAUUCCCAUAUCACAGCUCUUAGUCCUAGUGGUACUAAUGCUCAAAAGGAUGCUUCCCUUGAUUUUCCUAACAGUCAGCCGCCAAACGUGGACGGUAUGUUUUGCCGAACACUACAGUCCUUAGCUCAACAAAAACAGCAACACACCGGAGCCGUGAACGCCUCAGCCGUGAAGGAAGCGAACCUUAUGCCAGUACCGAGCCCUCAUCAGCUUCAAUAUCUCAGCACGUUCGAAGGGCAAGAACUGACUAUCCAGAAGCAACCCAACACAAGUCUGAAGGAUGGCAAUUCAACUACGAAUACAGGCAGUUCUUCGGAGAUGUCCAACAGAAUCCUGUCGGGAAGUUUGGACAACAACAAUCAGUACCCCACUAGAUCAGAGGGUGCGAGUCCCGUACAGAUGGACACCAUGAAUCGCGGCUUCACCGGUUCUCUGCACAGUCCUCACACACCACAUACGCCACACACGCCGGGCAGCGCCGCGCCUCACACCCCGGCGGAUCCCGCGAAACCGGGCAACAAGUCUAGCGCUAGCGCACAGAGUAGUCCGGUGCCGCACAAUACCAGCAUACCGGAUAUGGGUCCUCCACGAACAAUACCGGCGUCGCCCACCACGAAACCCGAUACAUCAUCGCCAUCCGCGAAGGACGUCCAACAACAGCAGCAGCAGCAGCAACAACAGCAGCAGCAGCAGCAGCAAACGCAGUCGCAACAGCAGCAGCAGCAACAGCAGCAGCAGCAACAACAACAGCAGCAGCAACAACAACAGCAGCAGCAACAACAACAGCAGCAGCAACAGCAGCAGCAGCAGCAGCAGCAGCAGCAGCAGCCGACGGUGAUAAACCCGAACAAUUCUGGCAGCACGACAGUAGUGCCAUCACUGAGCGGUCCUGGCGCUUCGUUUCCGUGCGGCAGGCCGUCCAUAAACGUGAGUCAACCUUCCGACAACGUGCCUCUCAAUCCCAACAACAUCGGCGGCCGACUUGGCAACUUGACCGCCAUGAGUACAAAUCAUUUCGACCCCAUAACGUCCUUGGCACAGAUGAGUCAGCAGCUGACGAACACCGCGGCGAGCAACUCUCUGGGCAACGAGCCUAUGCACUCUGGCAACGCCGGUAUAAUGCCGUUCGGCAACCCGCACGGCAUGCACAUGAUGCAGAUGGGUGGAGAGAUGAACGGAAGUUGCCACAUGGGUCCCACCAAUGAGCCUGGCGAAGUUGGCGGUAUGUGCAUGGGUCUAGCGGGUGCGCCGACGAGCUACAGCCCGACCACUUCGCACACAGGUAGCCCCGGUGUGCCCACCAAGAUGGGACACCCCAUGAUGAGCCACGGAAUGAUGGGUAGCCACUCGACGGGCGCUGCCGGCGCGUACCCCGGCGGUGAGACUCACGCGCCACCACCGAGACUGAUGACCAGCCACGUAACCGGACCCAGCCCCUACAACGGUGCGAAUGUUCAAGUGAAACCGAGUGCGCCGAACACCAUACAAUACUUGCCGGCUAGGCCGAACGUCGGACACGCGCCACGGGGUCCACCCAGUCUGGACUUCCUUCAGCGAUUCACCAAUCCAUUGUCCAACCUGGAGUCGAAGAUGGGCACACCGUCGGUGAACCUCCAAUACUUCCCUAACGGCUGCGUGCCGAACAGCAUGGGCCCGCACAGCGGUAUGCCGUCCACCAUGAACGCCGGGAUUCCCAUGGGAGGCUCGCCCAGGAUGGAUGGGCAGUCUAUGAACACAAGCGGCGUGCACCCGUCCAUGAGACCGGUCGGCAACAUGCGACCGCAGCCUAAUCUCAUGCGUAUGCAACACAUGGUGGGCGGUGGUGUCUUUCCAGGCGGCUCCAUGGACCCCGACAAAGUCUUCCCGCCUGACAUGGUGUCGCAGGUGUCGAACCAACCGAAUCCGGGCAUGUACGUGUCCGGCAGCAAGGGCAGUCCGAUGGGACUGGGCCCACCGCCCGACGCCACUCAGCCCUUACCUCCGAGCAUGGGUAGCGCUACCAGCAACUUCAAGAACAGCCCGUUCGUCGGCAGCGGACCUAGUAUGUCCGAUCCGAAUUACGCUCAACAGUUUCACAACUUCCAACAGCAACUUUAUGCCACCGGCACCAGAGGCAGCGGGCCACCGCACCCUAACUUGCACCCACCGCCGAACUCGCACUCGCAUCAGCAGUUCUUCAUGCCGAAGUAAACGCUACCCGGCUGAAUCAUAUCACCACGACGACGACGAUGACGAUUACUACGGUGGCCUUUCAGCGUCCCUUUUUCUCUCUCUUUCUUCUUUGUCUGUUUCUCUUCUCUCCCGUUCUGUCUCUUUUGCUUUCUUUCCUUUCCCAUUUUUUCUCUCUUCACUUUCUCCUUAUCCCCCUAUUCCCCCCUCCCCCCUCUUGCUCUCUCCCUUUCAUCUGUCAGGGAUUUUUCUAUCGUCUAAUCAUGUGACAUAAUUCUGGAGAUGUAAGUUAGGCUAGAUAAGAUUAUCUUGCGCGGAGAACAAAGAGAUCGACUGUGUGGAGGUUCUAAUGUCAAGCCUGUAAGGCUGGUUAUCAAGCCUUGCGAAUAUUCGCGACUGAAGCGUGACGAGAGAUCCUAGUUCUACUUUUAACUUAUAAAAUUUAUUUACGUUUCUUGAUGAGCGAGAAAUUAAUGAAAUUAUCUUUAUUCUUUUUUUUAUUUUAUCAUCUCUGGUACACGAUAUCGGAGUUCCUCGUGUAUCCGGAAGCUGUUAUCCCGUGAUAUAUUGGAAAUAUCGUUUCACACACGAAAUCUCCCCGGGACUAUCUGUAAAUUCCACAUGUUGACAGAGAUGUGCAAGUACCGGCUUACGCGUUCAUGUAAAUACCGAUGUAUAAUCUGGUUCUUUUUUCUGUUCUUCAUCCUUUUUUUUUGUUUUGUAGAGAUUGUUACUUCAUUGAUUGAGGUGCACAGCGUUAGAUUUAAUAAAAGUACGUUACUAUAGCUCGAGUAUGAAAGAAAUGAGAGAAAGAAAAAGGAAAAAAAAGAGAACAACAAGAAGAGAACGCGCGAGGAAAAGCGAGGAUCGGUCACCUUUUCUCCUCUUCUUGCACUUUUGUUCGCAGCCAGAGUUGCUCGGGAUAAAGUAAUUGUGCGCAGAAUUACCGCAGUAAAAUAACGAGCAACGAGAGGAUUUGGUACGCCGGUGUCGUAUAAUUCAUCCUUCCUUUAUCACUAAACUUACUUAAACGCAGUCAAACAAGCUCAAAUUUAUUAUUGUACAUAUAUACCAUAUACAUAUUAUACAUAUUAUAUAUAUAUAUAUUAUAUAUACCUGUUGCAACAUAAUCCUUAAAUAUCGCCCGUCCCUCCGCUCCCCACUCAUCGAUUCCCCCUAUGACCAAUUCUGUGCAUAAUCAUGAUCCCCUCUAUGUAGUUUACGUAAAUAAGAAAAGAAAUAAUUGACUAAGAACAAUUAUGUUGUUGAUGAAUGAUUUUUAUUAUAAAUGAAAAAUAAAGAUAUUUACAAGAA